AUGGCUACUAAUAUAACGUCCAACACGGACCUCCCACCACUUCCCUCUUACGAAGUCGCCGUGGCGUCAGACUUGAUAUCAUGGAUGCCGGAUUUUUACCUGUCCCUCCUCGCGCCUACUAUCGCGUACUGGGUCGUCUCCAUCUUCUUUCACAUAAUUGACACCCUAGACCUCUUCCCGCAAUACCGCCUGCACACUCCCGCCGAGAUUGCGCAGCGGAAUAAGGCCUCGCGAUUCGAGGUCCUUCGCGACGUUCUCUUCCAACAGGUUAUUCAAGGCUUCAUGGCCUUUUUCCUAAACCAGACUGAUCCGCCGCAAUAUACGGGUAUGGAGGAUUAUGAUGUUGCCGUUUGGGCGACGAGAGUUCGUCUAGCACAGAGAGCCCUUCCGACCGUACUCGGCGUCUUAGGAAUCAAUGCUGCUACAAUCUCUAAGAAUAUGGCCGUGUCUCAUCCGUUCCUAGCUGGCGCUCUUGCUGGCGGACACUACCCUUUCCUCACCUCCGAGCUUGCCGGACCAGACGGAGCUCUAGUACCCGCUUUCGCCACUUGGGAGCUCUUAGUCGCCAAGGCUAUCUACUGGGCUAUUAUUCCCGGGUUCCAGCUCUUCGUCGCUGUCACCGCCUUAGAUACUUGGCAAUACUUCCUUCACCGAUUAAUGCAUCAAAAUAAGUGGCUCUACACUACGUUCCACUCGAGGCACCACCGACUCUACGUUCCUUACGCCUAUGGAGCACUGUACAACCACCCGUUCGAGGGAUUCCUUCUCGACACGGCCGGCGCAGGCCUUGCGUAUAAGCUCGCGUUUAUGACGCCCAGGCAGGGAAUAUUUUUCUGGGUCAUGUCUUCGAUCAAAACAGUCGACGACCACUGCGGAUAUGCUUUGCCCUGGGACCCGCUUCAGCACAUCACUUCGAAUAACGCCGCAUACCACGAUAUUCACCACCAGAGCUGGGGCAUCAAGACGAACUUUGCCCAACCGUUCUUUACUUUCUGGGAUAGAUUUUUGGGUACCAUGUGGCAUGGCGAUACGACGUUGAAAUAUGAACGAUCGAGGACCAAGGCCCAAGAGUUUGUAGAGGCGGAAGCGAAGAAGGCAUCUGCGAAGGCUCAGUAA